AUGUACAUGGCACAGCGUUUCUUGUCCACAAUCUUGAUGAUCAAGUAUCAGGAAGAAGAAGUGUCACUACUAGAUUACAUACUUCCCCCUGGUAAUUCUACUGAUAAAAAAUCGCGCAUGUGUAAAACCACAAUUAACAUUAAGAAACGGGGAUAUACUAUCCCCAGUCAUAAUAAAUCUUCUGACUAA